CACUAAUAUUGGCAACACUCUGUCGUGUCCCAGAAAUAUGAGUCCGACGCCGUCAAAAUCCAAAAUAAAUGAAAACAUCAAACAAUAACAUAAGAGACAUAUAAAAUUUUACAAAGCGGAAUGCAAAAUAAUUGAAAGGAAAACAUCCUGUGACAGUACUCUUUAAUCAACAAUACGUAAGCAACAUAAAACUCGAUAACAACACCGUAAAUAUGGAACCUUCAGCCUGCGAAGAUUUGAAAGCAUUCGAAAGGCGACUCACGGAAGUUGUGUCCUCCUACCGUCCAUCAACUGUUCGUUGGCGAAUUGUUUUAGCCGUAAUAUCAUUAUGCACUGCGAUUGGUGCUUGGUAUUGGUUGCGAGAUCCAAGAACUUCAGUCGUUCCUCUUACAGAAUCACUUCUUAUUCAUCCAGUAUUUACUUUUGCAACGUUAACCUUACUGGUGUUAUUUGUUUUUGGAAUACAUAAACUGGUCAUCGCUCCACAAAUUAUAACUUCACGUAUGCGAAGUGUGCUUGGUGAUUUUAAUAUGAGCUGUGACGAUACAGGAAAACUUAUAUUAAAGCCUCGGCCGAAUAACAAUUGAUGUCAUUGGUCACCAACGGACAACGCAUGCUAUUAUGUUUGGUUACUCACAAUGGGAUUAAAUGAUAAAAGAUCAUUCAUUUAUUGCCCUUACCUGUAAUUAUAAUACGAAUAUAGGUAGUUCAUUUUAUUACUGAUGUGUGCUUGUGAUCGAUAGUUCACAAAAUGAGAAUAAAAUGGAGGAAAAAACAUUAAAUUAUGCUUAUAAAUUAAA